AUGACAAAGAUCAACCACGGUAUGCACCCUUGUUGGAGACUGAUUUCUGUCAUGUAUCUAACGGAGUCGCUAGGUCUGGCUUCCUCGAGGCGCAAGUCUCGCAAGCUUCACUUCGAUGCUCCCUCGCACGCUCGACGAGUGAUCAUGAGCGCUCCUCUGAGCAAGGAACUGAGAGAAAAGCACAAUGUCCGCAGCAUUCCCAUCCGAAAAGACGACGAAGUCACCGUUGUGCGAGGCACCAACAAGGGCCGUGAAGGCAAAGUCACCUCCGUGUACCGAUUGAAGUACCUCAUCCACAUCGAACGAGUGUCCCGCGAAAAGUCCAACGGUCAAUCCGUCCCCAUUGGCAUCCACCCCAGCAAAGUCGUCGUCACCAAGCUCAAGCUCGACAAGGACCGGGAGAAGAUCCUGGAGAGAAUCUCCAAGGGCCGUGAAGCCGUCAAGUCAAAGUCGUCUUGA